GGAUAAAUAAAAAUCAAAAACAAUUUUGUAGUCAAUCAAAAGUAAUAUUAUUAAUUAAAUUAAUUAUUUUUGUUAAUAAUAAAGCACUUGAACCGCAUGUUGUCCAAUGAAAAAGGGCUUGAGAAAAUCAGUGUUUAUAUUUCUCACGAUAUUGCGUUGAAAAUGGGAAUUAGUAACACUUCCGGGAAUGCUUGAGAGACAGAGAACCCCCUUGUGACGCGACACAGUGGGGGUGGUGUGACUAUGUCUUUUAUUCUAACCUCCUUGACCAAGGGCUAUUAAUUAUCCCAACUGUAUAAGAACAGAGGACCACUUGCUUGUGACAAAUCAUUUGUAAAGAUGGGUAGAAGAGGAAUAUCGAAACUGGCAAUGAAAAAAAGGAUGAUAGCACUUGCAGCAGCGAGAAAAAAAAGGACACUUCUUACCUUUGUGCAAGAAUCCACCAACGUAUCUCCAGUUAUUAGUUCUGAUUGUAUUGAUGUAUCCGGAAAUCAUCUUGUGAAUUUAUCGCAUGGGAAUAAUAUUCAAGAAUUGUCUGCUAGGCCGCAAGAAACUAUCGUUUUACCUAUCUCCGCUAAUGCUGCAAGCAUGUACGUCACAGGGAAUGAAACUCUAUAUCCAUUCCAUGGAAAUAACAAUCAAGAAUUGACAGCUAGCCCGCAAGAAGCCGUCCAUUUACCUACUUCCUCUAAUCCUGAAAGCAUGGACGUAGCAGGAAAUGAGCCUCUGUAUGCAUUUAAUGGGAAUUUUUUUUCCGAAGAAAUGGAAUUACGUUCACAAGAAGCAUCUAGUGCAUCAGCUGCCACUAAUUCUGAAAGCCUUAACACCUCAGGAAAUUAUGCUCUUGAAUUACUUCAUGGGAAAAAUAAUAGAGAAUUGCCAUCUUUUUCCCAAAAAAAUCCCGAUAAACCUGUUGCUUCUGCUGGAAUAGAUGUGACGGGGAGAAGGCUUGUUGAUUUUUCAUUUUUUAUACAAAACCUAAAAAGAUUUGAGGAUCAUGGCCCAUUUGACUGUAAAAUAAAAGAUGUUAUAAUAGUAUCUGAAAUGAAGAAUGGUCUUAAUUCUUCAUUUAGAUUCAAAUGCCGUUUGUGCAAUUUCGAGGAUGUUGUGCACACAAAUGAAGAAUCCAUUUCAAUAAAUACUGCGACAGUUCUUGGAAUCACUGCAAUAGGAUGCGGAUUUUCUAACAUGGAAGACCUAUUCUCAAAUUUAAAAGUACCCUGCAUGUCAAGUCGAAGAUUUGCAAAAGAGCAAGAGCAUCUUACGAAAGCUUGGGAAGAAACUGCAACAUCGGAAAUGGCAAAGGCGGCUGAAGAAGAGAAACGAAUUGCAAGGCAAAGUGAAGAUAUAGAUUCAGAUGAAACACCUCUUCUCACCGUCAUUGUUGAUGGGACUUGGGGGGAAAAAAGAUCCUAUCGCACAAACUACUCAUCUUUAUCAAGAGCAGUAAGUUUAUUACACAUUAUGUUUUUCAGAAAAUAGUUCGUUAUA